AUGUUGAGACUUCAAGAAGUUCAUAUACGAAAAUGUUAUGGGUCUAAAAUAAUACUAAAACAUAAUCUUCAUAUAUCUUCUACUUUAUUAUAUAAUAAACCUUCGAUUCCAUCAAGUCGACGAUCAAGACUGAAACAAAAGUUCACAUCUAAAUCUAAAUAUGAUGAUUCAUUUUUCAAAAAUAUAUUCCAAGAAAAUAAGGAUAAUAAAUCGAAAAGUAUUGAAACCCAAUCUCAAGAUACUCACCAAGAAGUUAAAACUUCAGGAUUGGAGAAAAUUCAAAAUCUUGUUAAAUCCAAAGUUAAAUCACGUAGUAUAUUUGAUUCUUAUGCUAAUUUAAGAAUAGAUAUAACUAAACCAAAUGAUGAAUUAGUACGAUCAAUAAUUAAAAAUACCAAAACUAUGAAUAAGAAAAGAUUUACUGAUCCUGCUACUUCUUGGUUAAGUAAUUUCUCCCAAAAGGAAAUACAAGAAUUACAAGAUUUUUUAAAUAAUGAUUUACCUAUUAAUGGAACAAUUAAUGGGAAAACUAUGGAAACUCCAGUUAAAAUUGGUGAUUUAGUAACUUUAGGAUCAGAAAGUUUACGUUUAUAUUUAGUUACAUCCGUACCUAAAACUUUUAAUUCAAGAAUUUGUACUUUUUUAAGUGAUAGAGGUGAAAUUAUGUUUGCUCCCUUUAGUACUAUUGGUUAUCGAUUUUCCGGAUUAAUACCUGAUAAAUAUCAUAAAAAUAUUGAAAAAUUUGUUGUAUUGGAACAAAAAUAUUUAAAUAUUCCGCCUAUUGGUAUACCUGAUGCAGUUUUUUCAAAAUCAAAUUCAGCUUUACCUAAAGAACUUCAAGAUCGGGAAAAUGGAACAAAGAAAGUGGUGACUGAAGAAAAAGAAGAGGUUGUAGAUGUUGAUGGUAAUGGUGAUCCUGAUGAGUCGGCAUAUUUGGAUCCAAAUGAUUUUAUUGUCCAACAGGCAUCUUCACAAUUAUUAUCUAAUACUGAUGUACAAACAUUUAUUGUACCAACCACAGUUCGACAAAUAUAUGUUCCAGCAUUAUUGCAAAUUUCUAACGAAGCAUUUUGGAAAAUGGGACCAAUGUAUCGGAAAUUAGAAGAAUUACAUAGAAGUUUACAAGUUGAUGACAAUAAUGGAGAAUUCAAUACUCCAAGAACAGUAUCAAUAUUUGAAAUAUUGAGCAAACUCAAACAGCCAACAUCUGAACAAUCAACAUCGACUAUAAAAUUAGGUAAAUCACCAACUAAUCUGAUAGAUUAUGAUCAACGACAAUAUAAGAUAUCAGAUGUUAUGGCAGUAUUAUCAUUAUUGAAAAAGCAAAGUCAUUUGUGGACAAUUUUACCAUGUAAGCUGUCAUUCACCCCUACAAAAGUAACAAUAUGGCCGCUUGCCCAAACUAAAGAAGAAGAAAGAACGGUUGAAUAUUUAAAUAAUGAUGAUGGAUUAACUGAAAUUACUAAAUAUUGUGGUCAAGUUGCUUUAGGUCAAAAACCAGCCAAUACUAAACCAAUAUUUUAUAAUAAUGUUGAGAAAAUGUUAAGAGAAUAUGUGAAUGGGAAAUAUAAAGAUGAUGCAUCAAUAUCUACUACUUUAGUAUCACUUUUACGGAAAGUAGAUAAAUAUUUUGUUGAAUUGGGAAUACCACUUAAAGAAGAAGCUUAUAAGAAUGAAUAUUCAUAUGGUAAAGCUUAUGAUUUGCUCACUAAAUUAAACAAUGAUGUUGUGGUCAAUCCAUUAUUAUGGUCUGAACAAGCUAAUUUACCAACUGAAGAAAAUGCAUCGGCCAAUACUUUGACAAAACAAAAAUUUUAUAAUUAUAUGGAUCAAGAACUUGCCAAUGAAACCCCUAAUGAAAUUUUACAAAAUACUAUUGCCAAUGAAAUCUAUAAUGAAGAUCCAUUACAACAUUUAAGACAAGAUAUGAGAGAAAUCCCUAUAUAUUGUAUUGAUGAUCCAACGGCCCAUGAAAUUGAUGAUGGUAUUUCUAUACAUGAAGAUCAACAAGAUUAUAUUGUUUCUAUUCAUGUUGCUGAACCCAGUUCAUAUAUUAAACCUGAAUCAAUAAUAAGUUCUUUGGCAUUUGAAAAAACUUCAACUAGUUAUAUGCCAGACACUGCUUUCCCCAUGUUACCUAAAUUAGUAUCAGAUAUUGCUGGAUUAGGAAUCCCUGACAAGGAUACUCGAACAUUUGUGAUUCAAUAUAGAGUUGAUAAGAAAACUGUCGAUGAAUAUAUUUCCAAUAAAGUGAACGAUAAAAAUUAUAAAGUUGAUCAAUUGUUAUUAGAUCAAAUAAUUUCUCAAAUCAACGAAAGUAGCAAUAUUAUUUUUGCCACAGUUUCUAAUUUUCGACAAGGGUUCACUUAUGAUAAAGUCAAUGAAGUAUUGAAUGAUGAAAUAAAAAUCAAUCAAUAUAAAUCAAUGGGUCAAUCCAAUGAUCUUGAUUUCAAUAAUUUGAUAAAACUUCAAUAUAUAUCUUCAUUACUUUGGGAAAUUAGGAAAUCUAAUCAUGCAUAUACAAAUAGUGGUAAUACUAAAUUAAUGGUCAAAAAAAAUAACACUAGCAAUACAAAUUGCGAUACUGAAUUCAUUUAUGAUGCAAAUGAAUUACAAAUGAAACUUGCCAAUUCAAAUAAUACAGUUUCAAUUGGAUUUGCUAAUUUAGAAAGUGCAUCAAUUAAAUUAGUUACAGAAAAUAUGAUCAUUGCCAAUUAUUUAACAGCAAGAUUUGCCACCACUAACAAUAUUAAAAUAUUAUAUCGAUACCUUGAUCCUAAAUUUAAUGAUGAAUUGUUAUCCGAAUAUCAAAAAUUAAUGAAAUUAUCAGAUACUAAUAACAAUACGUCAAUCCCCACGGAUCAAUUAACACAAAUGUUCCCAUUUUUCACUAGAGGUUUAGUCACUGAUAAACCUCAAAAACAUUUACUUAUGGGAUUAUCAAUGUAUUCUAAUAUAACAUCACCAUUAAGAAGAUAUAUCGAUUUAGUGAAUCAAUGGAAAAUUCAAGAUUUCUUUUUAGGUAAACAACAACAACAGCAACAACAAUCUAGAAUAGAUGAUAAAAAUAUUCCUGCUAUUGCCAGUUAUUUAAAUGGUCAAGGUGAAAUCAUUAGAAAUAUUCAACUGAGAGCAAAUACUUUUUGGCAAGGGUUAUUUUUAAGAAAUUAUCAAGAUUUGAAAAACAACUACAACCACAACCACAACCACAACCCAAUUGAUUUUAAAUUGAAAUUAAUUACUAAUCCAACAAUGGGUCCUACAGUUGGUGUUUAUAUACCAAAUUUUAGAUUUAUUAAUGCUCAUGUUGAAGUAUCAUCAGAAAUGUUGGAAGAUUUCAAACUGGGUCAAUUGAAAAUUGGUGGAUUAAUUGAUUCUAAUAAAUUACAUUUAAAACAAGUUGAUUUCUUGGAAAAUGAAGUGAUAUUUGAAUAUAAAUAG